AUGGUGGGCACCACAGCAACGAGUGAUCAGGAUGGGAUGAUGGAUUACGAGGACAGCAUGUCAACCACGGAGCAGGAGCCAGAGCCCAUCCAAGUACCCAAGAAAAGCGCUGUCAUGAAGAUGCUUAAGAAAAUGGAAUUGGGGGAUGUCUAUUGCGUUAAAUGCAUCAGACGCAAAAAGAUUAAACCAGCGAUGGACUCAGCAUUAACGGGCGAUGAGUUGGGCGAUUUAUAUGAUCAUCUCGCUACUGGAAAUGAAACUGAGAAGUUGGAAACAACUCGCGAGAAUGAUGAAGCCAGCGCGAAUAGGGGAACGGCGUUCUUCAACAAAGUCGGCGACACGCACGAGCACUACAUGAAACACUUCGCAGCCGGCAGUCUCGUAGACGACGUACGGGAAGAUGAAACCACGGACAGUACAGAUAUGCAUCUAGACGAUGAAGUUACAGAGCCUGUUAAUUAUCCAGGCGUGUCUCCAUUGCAGAGCAGCGUGUUCUGUAGUAUGGAAGAGAUACGUUCCAACGAAUCUCACAUACCUCCGGAAACGUCUAUGAGCGCUCAAAUAAGCAUUGACAUGCAGUCUGCACAGGAGGGAACGCCUUAUACAACAGGAUUAGUAUCAACGUUAUCUGCAAUAGAUGAACCGGUUUCUGACCAACCAGUCGAUACCGCUUCAGAUGACGAAGGAGCCAUGCAAUCCGUGGAUAUGGUGAAUGACGAAACAACACAUAGUUACAUUGCUCCAGAGACUGCCACAUUGGAUAACAUACACUGCGGUAGUGAUUCCACGGUAGAAAAGCUGGACAUCAUUGGAACCAAAGAAAGCGCCCCUGUCGGCGAACUCAUGGGGGAGCUUACGGCAGUAAUGAUUAGGCCAACUGAAUUCUCAAGCAGAGAAAAGAAAGAUGUGCCAAUGGGCACCACCGUUACAACGACGAAGGCGGACAACAGUGUUACGCCAUCUACGGCAGCGGAUGCGUUUGCUACAUCGGUAACACCAAAAGAGACUCCUCUUGCGCCAACUGCAGAAACCAAAAUUAAACCCGAUGGUCCAAUUGGGCAACAUGUGGACACGCGGAGCAAUCCUGCUUCGGCCGAGAGCUCUAGCAGUGUUGCACAACUCAAGCGUGCUGAUGCGAAGGACUACGGUGCUAUGGUUGAUGCGGAUAAAAAGAAAAGCGUGGCAUCAGUGCUAACUGCUACCGCGACGCAAAAGAAAACCGCGCCUAAGCUACUGACCAUGCAGGAAGCUAUGCAAGUAAAUGCCAAAGCUGGGGCACUCUCUGCAAUGACACUGUCACCAGGCAAGGAUGUCCUUGCACUGGGCACAGAAAGGGGAAUUCUCACCGUAUUCAUUACAGCAGAGGCUGAUAUGCGAAACACACGACGCAAAAAGCAAAAGCCUGCGGAUGUCGCCGAUAACGAUCCCAUGCCGGAUUCGAUGCUAUGGGGAUUAAUGGCCAUCUCCCCCCAAGUAUCUACCGAGGCGCAUUUGACUGCCAUCAACAACAUACGAAUAGUGGAUAUAGAAUUAGAUGGUGAAGGUGACGCCCGGGCACACACUAAUGAGAUUGCCACCAUCGUAACCUCGGGAGCAGACACAUACGUCAGGGUUUGGUCGUUGCAUCAGGUCUCAAACGAGUACAUGCUGACGCUAAUUGGGGCUCAGGUAAUGGGAAAUGAACCUGUGGCUGCAGUUCCUAAUUUCGCGCACGACCAAAUGCUCGUCGCAUUCGCCGAUGGACUCAUACAGCACUGGAAAGUCACAGACAGGGGUAGUCCAGAAAUGAAUCGACAGCACAAAUUGAUGUUUUCGGAAACUAAGGGGGGGUUAGAUGCCAUGUGCGACGUACUCAGCGUGGAUGUGUCACCCACUGGGCAGACCUUCGCCGUAGAGUCCGCAGCCGGGUGGCUGGUGCUAUACGACAGCAAAACGAAAAAGGAGGUGGGAAGCGCCGAUUGCAGAAACGGAAGAGGGAAGUGGUCAAAUGGUGCCGACGUUACAGGAGUGGACUGGAGCAAGAAGGAAAACCUCAUACUCGUAACCACGUCGGACUGCCGCAUAAGGAUGUUGACAGCCACCGCUUACGAGGAAGGCGAGCUUCUAGACCUCGAAAAGUUUAAAGGGCACCACAACGUUGAAAUGCCGUUCAAGGCGCAGUUCGCCAACAACGAUGAGUAUGUCGUUUGCCCCUGCGAAAAUGGUUUCAUAUACGUAUGGAAGAUAAACGUAGACACGAGCAAGAAAAAUAUCGGAGAGGACGACAUGCAACCCACAAACUCGCAGUUCGUUAGGUUCAAGUUCAACGCCCCAAAAAUACUGCCACACCUAGCUAUUUUUGACCCCGGAGAGUGGAAACACCUAAGGCAGAUGAUUAUGCAGCAAGAGAAAAACGGCGUCACGGAUGUCACACAGAUGCCACAAGCAUCGUGCAAAUGCUUGCCGUUUGGAAAACACUUCACAACGCCACAGAGUAUAGCUGUAGCAGAUCUAGACACGCAGGAGCACAUACUGCUAGUGGCGCCAGAAAACAGCGGAUUCCUCCGCUACUCUCUCAUAUCCUUAGCCGUUCUACAGAGACAAUUCAAAUAA